UGAGUUUGCUCGUGGUGAGAGACUGUGGGCGAUUGGCUUUGAUUUGGAGAACGCCUAUGCUAUGGUGAACUGUUUCUUGUCUCGGAGAAAUCUAUUUUUGUUAUGUGUGGAACUGGUUCAACACAGAGAUAAGGGGUAAAGCUCUCUGUGGUUAUUGGGAAUCAUCAGUCAUGGUGAAGCUUGCUAAUCCGUUAUACACGGAGUGGAUCCUGGAGGCCAUCCAGAAAGUUAAAAAGCAGAAACAGAGACCUUCUGAGGAAAGGAUUUGCAAUGCUGUCUCCUCGUCCCAUGGAUUAGACCGGAAAACGGUGCUGGAACAACUGGAACUGAGCGUGAAAGAUGGGACGAUCUUAAAAGUUGCAAAUAAGGGACUUAAUUCGUACAAGGACCCAGAUAAUCCAGGACGGAUUGUGCUUCCAAAACCUCGGAAUCCAUCAAAGUCUGAUGCUAAACACAAUGUUGACUGGAAUAAACUCCUCAAAAGGGCAAUUGAGGGUUUAUCAGAGGCCAAUGGGUCAUCAUUGAAGAGUAUUGAACGUUUUCUGAGGGGGCAGAAGGAUGUGAUCGCAGCGUUUGGAACCGGCACCGCUUCGUCCCUCCACCAGCAACUGAGGCUAUCCCUCAAGCGGGCCGUGAGCCACAACAGGAUCGUCAAGGAUGGGCCUCUGUAUCGGCUCUCGCGGGGCAAAUCGAGUGGUGACGGCAAGCAGGGACACGAGUCCAUCUCUUGCCUCCCGCCAGUCAACCUGCUGACCCACGAAAAGGACAAGUAUGAAGCAAAGCUGCGUAAAGGGCAACUUAAAGCAGGUGGUGAGCCUCGUGCGGAGCCAAUUCCAAUCUGUGGGUUUUGCCUGGGAACGAAGGAACAGAACCGGGAAAAGAAACGGGAAGAGCUGAUAUCGUGCGCAGACUGUGGUAACAGUGGUCACCCCUCCUGUUUGAAAUUCUCGCCAGAACUCACUGCUCGCGUGAAGGCCUUGCGGUGGCAGUGUAUUGAAUGCAAGACGUGCAGCACCUGCUGGGACCAGGGCAAGAAUGCUGACAACAUGCUGUUCUGCGAUUCUUGUGAUCGGGGAUUCCACAUGGAGUGCUGUGACCCACCCCUCACCAGGAUGCCGAAAGGAAUGUGGGUGUGCCAGAUUUGUCGGCCGCGGAAAAAGGGAAGAAAACUGUUACACAAGAGAGCGGUACAGAUUAAACGACGCUACGUCACGUCAAUAGGACACUCGAAAAACAGAUUAAAGAAGAAGGCAGUCUCGAAAAAUACUCCACCGUUCGACAAAGAGAGGCGAUGUCCCGGGCGAGGCCGCAAGCGCAAAAUCGCCGGUAUGGCCGAGCACACCCAGAACACCCACAGCUCCGGUCUGAAAAUGAACAAGAAAACCAAAGGGCUCAUCGACGGCCUUAGCAAAUUCUUCACCCCUUCUCCCGACGGGCGGAAGCCGCGAGGCGAAGCUCUGGACUUGGCCGAGCAAUACCGGCUCAAGAAAAAGGGGCCACGGAAAUCGAGCACUUCUGACGGCGGCAUGUGGCCCGCAGACAAUCAGGACUCGUGGGGCUGCAAACGAGAAAGCGAAGACGAUCAACUUCUGAGCAAAGAUGUUGUGACCGAGAAAGACCUGGAACUAUUUCAGCACGUUCAGGAUCUAGCGCUGGAGAAAGUUGGAGUCACUGGCCCGCCAGACCCACAGCUCCGCUCUCCCUCUGUUAUUGAGUUUGGGAAGUUUGAGAUCCAGACCUGGUAUUCUUCUCCAUAUCCCCAGGAAUACACCAGGCUACCCAAGCUCUACUUGUGUGAAUUUUGCCUCAAGUACGUGAAGAGCAGAAGCAUCCUGCAGCAGCACAUGAGGAAAUGCAACUGGUUCCACCCGCCAGCUAAUGAGAUUUAUAGGAAAGACAAGAUCUCAGUGUUUGAGGUGGACGGAAACAUCAGUACCAUAUACUGCCAGAACCUGUGCCUCCUGGCUAAACUCUUCCUGGACCACAAGACCUUGUACUAUGACGUGGAGCCUUUCCUGUUCUAUGUGCUCACACAGAACGACUCCAAGGGCUGUCACCUUGUGGGCUACUUCUCCAAGGAGAAACAUUGCCAACAGAAGUACAAUGUGUCCUGCAUCAUGAUUCUUCCACAAUACCAGCGCAAGGGAUAUGGACGGUUUCUCAUUGACUUCAGUUAUCUGCUGUCAAAGCGGGAGGGGCAGGCCGGUUCCCCGGAGAAGCCCCUGUCAGACCUAGGCCGCCUCUCCUACAUGGCGUACUGGAAGAGCGUGAUCUUGGAGUGCCUUUACCACUGCCGUGACAAGCAGCUCAGCAUCAAGAAACUCAGCAAACUGUCAGGGAUCUGCCCCCAGGACAUCACCACCAGCCUGCACCACCUGAAGAUGUUGCAGUUCCGAACUGACCGGUUUCUGGUUAUUCGUCGGGAAAAGCUGAUCCAGGAUCACAUGAUCAAGCUGCGAGCAAACCCACGGCACCCGGAGGUGGAGCCCGACAGCCUGCGCUGGACCCCACUCAUCUUCACCAACUCCGUCGUCUCCGAGGAGGAGGAAGAAGAGGAGGAGGAAGAGGAAGACGAGACUCCGGCACCAAAGAAACAGAGUGGAAACACCAGCGACUUGUGGGAAAAGAAAGAGGUGAACGGUUACACAGCCGUGCAGAACGGCAGGCAAGCAGCAGCUAGUGGGACAGCCUGUAAGAACCGCCUGGACUGCUCAGCGGGCAGCAUUCCUGUCAACAGCGAGAGCAAGAGAAAGCCUUUGAGCGAGAGCAGUGAGGAAGAGGAGGAUGAGGACGACUACGAGGAGGAAGAGGACGAUGACACGAGACCCAGCUCUCCCCCUGUGCUCACCAAACCAGCACUGCGUGGGGUAAAGAGAAAGAGGGUGAUUAUUCAUCGGAAGAAACGGGGUCGUAAACGCAAACAGCACAACAGCAGCGUGGUGACGGAGACCAUCUCGGAGACCACCGAGGUGCUGGACGAGCCCUUCGACGACUCUGACACCGAGCGACCGAUGCCUCACCUGGAGCCCACCUUCGAGCUGGAGGAGGACGAGAGAAACGAGAAGGAACAUCGAGGUGGCCGCGUCUUCAGGAGCCUGUCGCCUAGCGCUGUCGUACGCAAACGCACUUCCUCCAAGCGGAAGGUGGUGGAGAACGGGGUCCCCAAGCAAGCAGAAGGGCCAGACACCCUCGAAGGGUUAAACAACGUGAGGAAAACCAAUGGCAAAGACUUGCCUUCUGUGCCCAAAUCCCCACCAGUGAUACUGAAGCGUAAAAGAGGGUGGCCCAAAGGUGUGAAGCGGGGAACGAUCAAGUGGAAGAGAAAACCGGGCAGGAAACCGGGGUUUAAGCUCACCCGAGCCACCACGCCCGCGGAGAGCGCAGGUUCAACUGGGGCCAUCCCAACCCCCAAACCAGGACGUCCCAACCGCAGCGAGGAAAGGAGGAUCCUGGCCAGCGCAGAGAAGAUGGCCGUCCUUCCCGUCGUUUCCUCAUACAAGAAGGAGGAGGGAGUUGAGGAGGAGGAGGAUGUGGAGGAGGCAGUGCGGGGCGAGGCGCAGAGGACUGCCAGCGUCUCACACAGUCCUGCCCCGAAAGUGGAGGAGCGCGAGGCUGAGGGCGAGGAGAGAGCGGGAGCUGGAGCGGGAGUGGGCGAAAGGGAGGGGCACACGGAUGAGGAGCAGGAGCACGAGGAGGAGGAGGAGGAAGAGGCCAACCAGAACGAGGACCACGACGCUGACGAUGAAGACGAAAGUCACCUGGACGCGGAGGACAAGAAGGGCGAAGAGUGCGCGAAGGAGAGCGUCAAGGAGGAGUCCCCAGCACAGGGAGAAGAGGAAGAAACUUUUUUAGAGGUGAGCGCGGCCGAUAAAAACGCCGAGAGCGAAGCCGUUUUGGAGCCCGACUCGGAGGAAGAGCGCGCCAACGACACGUCGCUGGACUCCGAGCCCGUCCCCGCUUCAGACGAAGACCGGGCGGACGAGCAGGAGAACAAGGAGACGUUGAUACCGGAGUUCAAGGAGGAGGAGGAAGAGGAGGAGGAGGAGGAAGAGGAGGACAUCUCGCACAGCGAACUGGAUCUGGAAACCGUUCAGGCCGUGCAGUCGCUGACGCAGGAGACGAGCGGCGAGCAGGAUGGCACCUACCAAGACUGCGCAGAGACACUGGAGGCUUGUCAGAACCUCCAGAGCUAUAACCAGGCGGAGGAGAGCCCACAGAUCACCAUGGUGGACGACUGUCAGCAAUCAGAACACAACAGCCCCAUCUCCUCGGUCCAGUCUCACCCCAGCCAGUCGGUACGAUCGGUCAGCAGUCCCAGCUUACCUCCACUGGACGGUGGCUACACCCAGAUCAGCCCCGAGCAGGGCUCCCUCUCCGCCCCCUCCAUGCAGAACAUGGAGACCAGCCCCAUGAUGGAUGUGCCCUCGGUCUCUGACCAUUCCCAGCAGGUGGUGGACAGUGGCUUCAGUGACCUGGGAAGCAUCGAAAGCACGACGGAGAACUACGAGAACCCCAGCAGCUACGACUCUACCAUGGGGGGCAGUAUCUGCGGCAACAACGCCUCUCAGACCAGCUGCUCGUACGGGGGCCUGGCGGCUUCCAGCAGCCUGACCCAGAACAGUUGCGUGGUGACCCAGCAGAUGGCCAGCAUGAGCAGCAGCUGUAGCCUCAUGCAGCAAAGCAACGUUCCUCCCGCCCCCAACUGCAGCAUGAAAUCGCCGCAGAGCUGUGCGAUCGACAGACCACCCAGCAACCAGCAGCAGCUGUCCCAGUGCAGCAUGAACAACAGCUUUACGCCAGCCCCCAUGACCCUGAUGGAGAUCCCAGAGGCUGCCAACGCCAGUGGCAUGAGCCUGUACGAGAGGAUGGGUCAGGGAGACUUCAGCGCAGGUGGCUACCCGCAGUCAGCCAAUUUCAGCCUGGCCCGGCUCCAGCAACUCACCAACACCAUCAUGGACCAUCAUGCGAUGCCUUACAGUCACUCCGCCGCAGUGACUUCCUAUGCAACCAGCGUCUCUCUGUCCAACUCGGGCCUGGCUCAGCUGGCCUCGUCACCCCAUGCUCUGGCCGGGACCCCCCAAGCACAAGCCACCAUGACUCCUCCUCCCAACCUGGCCUCGCCCUCUAUGAACCUGGCCUCGCCCCUCCUGCAGUGUAACAUGCCAGCCGGGAACCUGGGGAUUCCGCACACACAGAGGCUGCAGGGCCAGAUGCCCGGCAAAGGCCACAUCUCCAACCGCUCCAAGUCCGCCCCUCUGCCCGCGGCCACAGCAGCCCACCAGCAACAGAUCUACGGACGUAAUACCACCACCGCCCUGGCACAGCGGGCACUCACCGUCCAGCGGGGCAUGAACAUGGGCGUGAAUCUCAUGCCCGCCCCCACCUACAACGUCAACUCCAUGAACAUGAACACGCUGAAUGCCAUGAACAGCUACCGGGUCAGCCAGCCUAUGAUGAACAGCGGUUACCACGGGAACGCAGCCUACAUGAACCAAACAGCCCAGUACCCUAUGCAGAUGCAAAUGGGCAUGAUGGGCAGCCAGGCGUAUGGGCAGCAACAAUUGCAGUCUACCCCUCACAGUAACAUGAUGUACUCAGCCCCCUCGCAUCACAGUUACAUGAACGCCGGUAUGCCCAAGCAAUCAAUAAACGGUCCUUACAUGAGGAGAUGAAGGACACAGUCACCUGUCGCCACAGCCACACCACGAGUGAACUGUUUAUACUGACGAGAGUCGAGGAAAAUUUCAAUUAAAAGCGAUCGCGGUAGACAUAGGAAUUUCAAGAACUGCUUUAGGGCCAACGUUGGGAGAGCCUUGGCCUUAAUUUCCCAGCCAAGAGACACAGCGAGCGAGAGAGAGAGAGAGAGAGAGAGAGAGA